GUUCGAUCAGUCUUCACCUUUUCCCCAAGCGAUACGCACCUAUCUAACACAUACCUAUAACAAAUACAUAUACACCUGACCUAGUCCGGACUGGAUAGGCAUCAUCACCAACCAUAAUCCUUACCCCUAGCGAAUCGACAGUCCCACUGCCAUGUCUUCCAAGUUCUAUGCCGUUGUCGCGGGAGCUGGCCCCGGCACAGGUCGGGCGGUUGCCCUCAGGUUUGCCAAGGCCUACCCUGUUGUGCUCCUGGCGCGUACCCCGGACUCGUACCAGAGCACGGUGGCCGAGAUCAACCAGUCGGGCGGCAGGGCCAUCGGCAUCAGCACCGACACCUCGGACGUCAAGUCGGUCGCCUCCGCCUUCGAAGCUAUCACGAAGGAGUUGUCCGGCCUGAAGCUCGCCGCCGCCAUCUACAACGUCGGCAGCGGCUACAAGAGGAAGCCCUUCCUCGAGUUAGACGUCGAGGACUUCGACGCCUCCGUCAACCCUAACGCGCGCGGGCUCUUCAACUUUGCCCAAAAGGCGAUCCCCUUACUCUUAGAGGCGGUGCCAGAGUCGGAGCACCCGCCCACGCUGCUCAUCACGGGCGCCACAGCCUCCGCUCGGGGCUCCGCCCUGUUCUCUACGAUAGCUGCCGGCAUGUCCGCUCGCCGGGCGAUCGGCCAGUCCCUAGCGCGUGAGUUUGGUCCCAAGGGGGUGCACGUAGCGCACGCCAUCAUCGACGGCGUAAUCGAUAUUCCUAGAACGGCUGCUUUCUUCGCAGAUGACGGUGUCGAAGAUAGAAAGCUCAGCGCCAACGCGAUCGCCGACAGCUAUUGGCACUUACACACCCAACAUCGCUCUGCCUUCACCCAGGAGAUCGACAUGCGGCCCUACGUUGAGAAGUUCUAAGUCGUAGAGUGUAUCAGCUAAGGAUAUUUUUGAUACUUCACCCGCAUUCUUACUUUGAGGGGUUCGCGGCGCCUGAAGGGUAAUGCGGACCAAUUGUGUCGUAAACUUGUCAAUCUGCCGUUUAUUUUGUAUAGCCUAUGAACCUAAGCUGGAAGCUCGAUUCUGUUGGUCCUAUCUCAACG